GAACCAGCAAGUUCACACCCUCUCUCGCCUCAGCCUUCAUGCACUGUGUGUGCAUCUGAGGAAAUCAACGUCAGUCAUACCGGUUUGGCAGAGAAGACUAAACGAUCAUUGCUGUCAAUGAGAGCUGCAGUGUAGAUUGUGGACUUCGAUUUACAUCUUGAAGCAAACAGGGAUAGAAGCAAGUUGCACCAAAGAUUGUGCAACCUUCCUUGGGCCAACUCGUGUGUGUCUGCUUGUACCAAGCUGUGUAUGGCAAUGCGGCGGGUAACGGUGCCAUUGGUCGUUGGGCUGGUCGUGGUGGUGGUGUUGUCGCUGCUGGCUGAACACUGUUGGGCGGAUGGUGGGGGCCUUGCUGAACGAGUUAUCUGGGCAGUGAACGCUGGCGGGGAAGCUCACACAGACAUGCAUGGCAUUCAUUUCAAGAAGGAUCCAUUGGAAGGAAAGCUUGGGAAAGCUUCAGAUUAUGGAGUGCGUCUGCCCAUAUUGCGCUCUAGUCCCGAGGACCAGAUUCUCUACCAGACAGAACGCUACAAUGAGGAUACUUUUGGCUAUGAGGUGCCGAUUCGUGAGGAAGGAGACUAUAUACUUGUCUUGAAGUAUGCAGAGGUCUACUUUGCUCAGUCUCAGCAGAAGGUAUUUGACGUGCGUCUUAAUGACCAUGUGGUGGUGAAAGAUCUGGAUAUCUUUGAGCGGGUGGGUCACAGUACAGCUCAUGACGAGAUUGUGCCCUUCUCCAUACGCCGCGGUAAACUGAGUGUUCAGGGGGAGGUGUCCACCUUCAACGGCAAGCUCACUGUGGAGUUUGUCAAGGGUUAUUACGACAACCCCAAGGUCUGUGCUCUGUAUGUGAUGAAGGGGACAUUAGAUGAUGUACCAAAACUUCAGCCUCACCCUGGACUGGAGAAACGUGACGAACUUGAGGAGGAGGAGGAAGAGGAGUCUGAGGCAGGAGAGGAGGGUGGUAAGAAGAGUACCUCGACAGCUCCCAAGUACAAGGUCCAGUCAGGCCCCAGAACACCAAACCCGUAUGCGGCCGACAAUAGCAGCCUCAUGUUCCCUAUCCUGGUGGCAUUCGGGGUGUUCAUCCCUACACUCUUCUGCCUCUGUCGGCUGUGAGAAUGUAAAAUAGAGGGGGAAACGGAACAUGAUGGACAAGAGACUGAAGGGGGGGGUGGGGGGGGGGGGCAGACAAGGAAGAGACACAAGGAAAGUCUAGGCAAAUAGACAGGAGUGAGCACGAGAGCCAAUGGCGUUAAGUGGACAAAAAAGAGACAACAAAUUUGGAAUGCAGUGCAGGUGACAGAAUAAAAUGCCUUCCUCACUAACUUUAAGGUCACACAGAGAAAAGGGGAUGGAGAGAGUGAGUUUGUGUGUAUUGUACAUCUUACACAUUUCCACCAUGUUGCAAAUUACCACAUCACAAAGACAUGAUCUCGCAUGAGACAGGAUUGACCACUUUCGAAGCAGGUUUGUCUUGUCUUGUAGGAAGAGGCUGGGACUAUACAGAGGGGUGCUGAAAUGUGAUUGGCUGUCCCUCUUUAUAGAUGAGUAUGGCUUUGGAUGAGGUGUGGCUUGAAGUGAAUGCAGAUAGGCUGCUAUGGUGAUCAACAAAAGUCCGGCCCAGUAUUUAGUCAGAGAUGAUACAGGAGAUAAUAUCCAGAAAAUAUUGAUUCUUACAAAUUUGGAAAUUGGAAGAUGUUUUAGAGAAUUUGUGUUUGGUGGAGAUUGGAGGGGACAGUGGGAGACGGUUGCCAAUUUGGCCAAUUAGGCAUUUGAAUGUUUUUGCUUGCUCUUUUUCUACUUUAUUUUUGGGCUUGAUUAUCACCAAACUUGCUAGUGUUGUAAAGCUACAACUUUUUUGAGCUUUUGAUACAAAGCUGUGCCAUAAUUUGUUGAGAAACAACAUGCUAAUCAUUUCAACAAGUCUGUACUGUUACAGCCUCAGUCUAUUCUAUGGCAGAGAAUUGAUGUUUCAUGUGCUGUUUGAAAAGAAGGCUGAUUGUGUUUUCACAUCUAAGGUGGAUUUCACAAUUAUGUUGCAUAAUGUGUUUAAAAAUGCAUGUGUACCUCCAUGGGACUAUACCAUGCUGUGCUGUUUCAUAUAAAAAUGCAAGUUUCCUCAAAUGUGGUCACAGGUAAGAAGACUACUUGUUGUGCUGGCAUGCAUAACUGUGUACUAGCAGGUACCUUUUGAGACAGCUAGACUAUAGAGUUAUCAGAAAUUGCAGGGCUUGACAUUUAACCUUUUCAGCCACUUGUCUUCCAGUGCUUGAAAUUAAGGGUGUCCUGUUGUCCCUGGGACAAUAAAUGUCUACGGUUCAAAACAGACUAAAAAAAGCAAUGAGGCUGAUACAACAGAUCAGACCGUUUAGCUUAAAAUGUUGAUUAAGUAUUAUUUCUUCAUAUUAUAUGCUCAACAAUGUGAACAUGGCUGUGCUAUCUGGGAAGGUUCCAAAAUGCAAUUCGCGGGAAAACAUUUGCCAAAAGUGCACUGCACGUGUGAGUGGUUUCAUGUGACAGAGAUAAAACAUAUCUGUUAGAAAUUAAGAAAGAGGAGAUCUAAAGAUGCAUCAACUAGCAUGGGUUACUUAUAUGACUAGGAUUAUGCCUUUGGCUGCUCGACAAUAAAAUAUAAAUGUGAAAACCAAUAGAACAUUUGGCAUGUUAGGUGUUUAAAAUAAUUACUUCAACAUUUCUAUGGUUGUAUUUUGGCUAGGCUACUUUUAAACAAGGUAAGCCUUGCUUCAUAAAAUAACAUAAAACAUCCAGGUUUUUAACAAGUUCAUAGUUAAAAUGCUGACCACCUCUGCUCAGAUUCAAGGUGGGUGAUGUGUGGUGCGCAACAGGCAUUGUCUCCGGUCUUGUGACCAUUUGAUCUGAACAAACCAUGCCUCAAGCCUUUAAACGUUAAUGUUAAUUUUCCUUCAUUAUAUUUGUAAAAAAUGACUGGUGUUUGCCUAUAUUUAUGUAAUUAACAGUCUCAUUAAAGUUUGGCUACAUUUUACGGAGCCUCCCUCAUGUCAGCAUCGGUUUGGACAUGAAGCUGCAGCCAAUAUGCAUAUCACCUAGACUUUGACAUGUAGGCUUUUUUUAUUUGUGUACAUGAAAAAUAGAUUUAAAUGUUAUGCCAAUUGGCCCCUCUGAUUUAAUUCUGAUCUGAGUAAUUGUUUGAUAUUGUGCAAAAAAAAAACAUUUACUUGUCCAUUCAAACUCCAAAUCUAUAUUAUUCUUCUGUACCUUUAAAAAAAAAAAAAAUUGUACAAUUUAAAAAAAUCUUGUCCCCGGACAAGAGGACAAGCCUUAAUGUUCGAGCCCUGGAGAGUUUGAAUCCUUUGACGGUUUACAUGGUAUUUAAUCACAUUGAUGAAACCCUCUAACUUGUAUGUGUUUUUCACUUAACGGUACAUUAGCUUGGUUUGCAUCUGGUGAAAGGCCACCUCUGAAAGGUUAUCUGAAAUAGUACAGAGUGAUUUAGUUAGUUACUUUGCCAACAUUGAGGGACCUGGUAAUUAAACAAAUUCUCAAGCAAGUGGGACAGGUCCCAAAUCAGUAACAUGUCUGAAUUGUCACAGAGAUGCAUGUAGUGUUGUCCUUUGUCAUGGUCACUGCCUUUUCCAUUCAUGGCUGUGCAUGCCUUCUUUUGUCAUGGCUGUGCAUGCCUUCUUUUGUCAUGGCUGUGCAUGCCUUCUUUUGUCAUGGCUGUGCAUGCCUUCUUUUUCAUGGCUGUGCAUGCCUUCUUUUGUCAUGGCUGUGCAUGCCUUCUUUUGUCAUGGCUGUGCAUGCCUUCUUUGUCAUGGCUGUGCAUGCCUUCUUUUGUCAUGGCUGUGCAUGCCUUCUUUUGUCAUGGCUGUGCAUGCCUUCUUUUGUCAUGGCUGUGCAUGCCUUCUUUUGUCAUGGCUGUGCAUGCCUUCUUUUGUCAUGGCUGUGCAUGCCUUCUUUUGUCAUGGCUGUGCAUGCCUUCUUUUGUCAUGGUCACUGCCUUUUCCAUUCAUGGCUGUGCAUGCCUUCUUUUGUCAUGGCUGUGCAUGCCUUCUUUUGUCAUGGCUGUGCAUGCCUUCUUUUGAUUCACAAGUGUUUUGUGUUGUAGAAUUUUUGUUCUAUAAAACUCCCAGUAAUCCUCUGUUCAUAACACUGUGAAUGAUAUAAUUUCAUUUUUUAACUCACAAUGUUGGUGCUGGAGUGAUGAUUAAGUACUAGGUCAAGAUAUAACGUAAACAUCAGAAGUUAUCCCAAUACAGUGUGUCAUUAGAAUGAAUAACCGGAAGGGCCUACGCAUUUUUUUUGUAUUUAUUUACUAUUUAUGUAAAGUCCUCAUGGAAAAACUGCUGGAUUCUUUUAGUAUAUUGGAAUAUAAAUGUAGGACUUACGUGUGUGUGUGUCAGCUAUCCAUAGCUACAUAGAAGGUUAGAAAGUGAGUAGUUGGAAAGAACUAGUUGUGUUACACAACUUUUACUAAGGCCAACCAAUAUUGUCAGUGGUAGCCUAAAUUGAAACUGGCUUUGAGUAGAAAGCUUAAGAGCAGCCUUCUUAACAAUUAUUAUAUUGCAUUAAAUUGUGAUUCUUUUCCCAGAGAGAAGUGUUUCUAAAAGCCAGCUCCCCAAAUUAGUUUGAAAAGUGUGCAAUCAGUCAAAUCAACAUGAUGUAUAAACAGUGGGCUUGCACCAGUCUUAAUAAUCUAUAUUUACCUUGGACAUGUACACACAUCUAUAGAUGUGUGUACAUGUUUCACUAUUGGGAAUAGUUUCCCUCUUUCCCAUCUCUCCAUGAAAUAAUAUUUUAAGUUUAGGCCAGUUUAUUAUUAUUUUUUUGUCUGAUCCCUUUGAUUCCUUUCUGAAGCUGUUUUAAAAAAACUUGCCUUAAAGUGGACCGCAGCAUUUUGUUGUUACUAAUCUCUAAGGUGUUCCACGGACAUAUCCAUAUGUCCUUCAAUACAGUUAGCCUGGAAGUCAGUAGCUGCAUGUUUGCAUUGUUUUUGUGUUUAUCUAACUGCCUCUGUAUCAGGAACAAAGCUCUUUCCAUGAGGGAAACAUCUUUUACCAAGCCUAUUACACUUGCCUCUCCACACUUGUCAUUGGUUUUAUACUUGCUGAAUACUUGACAAAUAGAUGAUCCAGGUGUUAUAAAUUCUCUCUCGCUCUUGUGGUUUCCCCCUCCAUGUUCCAUGCUGCUGGAAAAAAACAAGGGAGAGGUUACAAUACUUGGUCAGCUGAUAGUUGUUUAAUUUGUUUUGUAUAAAAAAUACAUUUACAAAAAGAAACAGUCUGUAUCGAAUAAGAGAGAAGCACCUUUGUUACUUAUUUGAAAAAAAAAAGUUUAUUUAAUUCAGUACCAAAGUUAGUCUUUUGUUGGCUUAAUUGAAAUCGCUACACAGUUGCGUGUGUAUAUACUGUAAGGUACAAUAUCACACUUAUUGUAGUGUGACAGCGGUUAUUUUCUAAUCUAAAUAUUGUUACUAUUGAGGUGUUUUUAAUAGUUAAUUUUAAAGAAGACUGGCAUUUCUGCUGGGGAUAAGUUACAACGGUGGCACUGUAGAAAAAAGGUCUUGACUGACCACACUGGCUGUCUGGAAGAGAGGAGAUUGAUGAAGCAUGGACAUUUUUACAUGUAUAGUUUAAGAAAGGGGUUUAAUCUGAGAUAUUUGCUUAAUGACUAAAGGAUUUGUAGCUUUUUAUUCUUUCUCAGGAUCUGUUUUGUUUGACUUUUUACCAGGAUGUUUUAGUGGUGUGACUACUUGGUUUAUUUUCAAAGCAUUUGUCUGUCAUUUGUUGUGUGUACAUUUUAUUUUAAUUGAAUCCCUGUUGCCUUAAAUUUGAAUACAGUUGUGCAUUAUCAUUGUCAGCUUUGAGGUUCCUUUUUUUUGGUGUGCUUUCGAGUACUUCAUUGGAUGUUUUCUUUUUUUUCUUUUUUUUGCCCACCGAGUCUGAGUGUGCAAAAAUCCUAACCUUACUUGAGCUCACCUAAGAUAAGAACCAAAUACUUGCUACACCACUCUCCCAUUAGCCCUACUGAGGUGCAGACGGAACAACCAUACACUCUUGUGCAGUCCAUACACAGUCUUAUGAAUCACAGAAUGAGGGUAUGAAUUAAUUAGUGUGAAUGUGAAAGAAAGCGAUCAAUGUCAAUAAGGAAUCCUACUCGACUUAUUGAUUUCUCCCACCCCAUGAGGGCUUCAUGCAGCAGGUGGACUGAUGGAGUCCUUUGAGAUGCCCCCUCCAUACUCAGUUGUGGCUCUACAAAUAACAUCUAAGUGGGAACUGCUGAUAAAUACUGUCUCUUUUUUAAAUAAAUGUGCUAUUUUAUCUAA